UACAUGCGCACAUGAGAAAGCGACAGCGGAUUACAACCUCCAGCGGCCGCGCGCACAUCUGUCUGGAUGUUUACGUAAUAUAUACGGUCUCUCUAUGAGCUUCGGGUCAAAGAGACGCCUUCCGUUUUGAUUUACAGAGCAUCUGCUAUUUUUGUAGCAGUACAACCAUGUCACCGUGCGUAAAUACGCGCAAGGUUUCCGCGCCGUCUCUUUAACCUGAAAACGAUUGGACUCUGUCACCUCAGUACGCAAUAACACCGUUUUUCAUCGUUAGGGAUUGCGUGGACACCACUGGUCACUCCACUGGGCAUGUAAACGCGUCUAGCACGUCUCUGCGCACUCGACCUUUUUACGAUGUACGGCGAGGAUGCGCUGGCGUUAACGGCACCGUUAUGGUCGCCUGGUCCCCUGAAGAUGCUCUGGAUGUAGAAGUAUAGCCAUGACUGCAUGUGUGAGAGAGGGUGCUUGAGUGUGUGACUGACCAGGAUGGGAAAAGAACAGGAACUCUUGCAGGCGGUGAAGACGGAGGAUCUGAUUACCGUCCAGCGGCUCCUCCAGAGACCCAAACAGGGCAAAGCGAAGCUCCUGGGUGCUGCUAAGAAAGUGAAUGUGAAUUUCCAGGACACAGACGGGUUAUCUGCCCUGCAUCAUGCUGCUCUUAAUGGAAACGUGGAGGUGAUUUCACUGUUGCUUGAGUCACAAGCCAUCGUAGACAUCAAAGACCAGAACGGGAUGCGGCCCUUACAUUACGCUGCUUGGCAGGGCAAGUGUGAGCCCAUGAAAAUGCUGCUCAAGGCGGGGUCAUCAGUCAACAGCCAAUCAGAUGAGGGACAGAUCCCUUUACAUCUCUCUUCACAGCAUGGCCAUUAUGAAGGAAGCGAGAUGCUGAUCCAACAUCAGUCGAACCCCUGCCUCAGAGACCAUGCUGGGAAAACCCCUCUAGACUUGGCCUGUGAAUUUGGACGAGUCACGCUGGUGCAGCUGCUCCUGAACAGUAACAUGUGUGCUGCUAUGUUAGAACCGAAGCCCUCUGAUCCUAAUGGCAUCAGUCCACUCCAUUUGGCGGCAAAGAAUGGACAUAUCGAGAUCAUCAAGUUACUGAUCCAGGCUGGUAUAGAUAUAAACCGACAGACGAAAUCAGGCACAGCGUUGCAUGAAGCUGCUCUCUGCGGGAAAACCGAGGCUGUGCGACUGCUGCUGGAUAGUGGUAUCAGUGCUGGGGUGAGGAACACAUUCUGUCAGACAGCGCUGGAUAUUGUUAACCAGUUCACCACUACCCAAGCCAGCAAGGAAAUCAAACAGAUGCUGAGAGAUGCAUCGGCUGCCAUGCAAGUGAGGGCUCUGAAGGAUUACUGCAACAAUUACGACCUGACAAGCCUCAAUAUUAAAGCAGGCGACAUCAUCACGGUCUUGGAGCAGCAUUCUGAUGGACGAUGGAAGGGCUGUAUCCACGACAACCGAACAGGAAAUGACCGUGUGGGUUACUUUCCGUCCAACAUGGUGGAAGUCAUCAAAAGGGCAGGCUCAAGAGGAUCCGUUUCCAGCCCUCAUGGUUCUCCAACCCUUAGCGGCCAGCAGAGUGGCGCUAAUGAGGACAUUUGGGUACUGAGGAAACCUUUAGCUGCAGGGGGAAGUGUUGGCAGUAUGGGCAGCACAGGCAGUCUGACCAGUGGACGUUCAUCUACUAGCGGACAAAGCAGUAAUGCCAACGCUCACCUCACCAACUCACCUGUGCCCGUGCCAACCACCCCCACACACUCACCCGGGGUGAACACGCUUGGCCUCAACGUCCCGGGACUGCAUGCUCAGGCCGAGGGUGUGAAGCUGUUGGCCACGGUGCUGUCCCAGUCAGCCAAAGCAAAAGAACAUCUCAUGGACCAAUCUCAGUCUUUAGAUCCUAAUUCAGUGUCUUCUCAGUGCACCCAGAGUGCAUCUGCUGUCCCACGUCAGCAAAGGAAGAAACCUUUUGUGGAUCCACUGCUGCAGAGGAAAGAUGAAGCUUCAGCUGAGAGCAAGAGCUCAGAGGCUGUUGUUGAAUGGCUCACUAGUGCACAGCUGCAGUUCUACACAACAAACUUUCUCACUGCUGGUUAUGACCUGCAGACCAUAAGCAGAAUGACACCAGAGGACCUCACUGCUAUUGGAGUGACAAAACCAGGGCACAGGAAGAAAAUGCUUUCAGAAAUCAGCAAAAUAAACAUCCCAGACUGGAUACCGCAAGAGAAACCUUCAAAUCUGGCUGAGUGGCUGUCUGCAAUUGGUCUCAAUCAAUACUACCAGACAUUGGUUCAAAAUGGCUAUGACAAUAUGGAUUUCAUUAGUGAUAUUACCCUGGAGGACCUAAAAGAGAUCGGCAUCACUAAACAAGGACACCAAAAGAAGUUGAUGUUAGCUGUCAAACGUCUGAGUGAAUCUCCAGAAGCAGACAUUGCCACCAAGGAGAGCCAGUUAGAAGAAAGCACAGAUUCAAAACAAUCAUUAGAAACCAGCACAGAACCAGAUGACAACUCUGUCCCCUCUGUUCGAACACAUAAAAGAACAGAGGGACGUUCGGAGGGGCGUAGCUCUCCCCGGCACAGCACCCAAGGGAGGGGCAUACAAAGAGCUAAUGCCCCUCCUCCUCUGAAGAAACCUAGCUCAAUUGAGAGUCCCACCCCAACACCUCCACACACCCCUACUAAAGGCAAAACUACAUCUUCUGCUUCAAAUUCUCCUUCACACAUUCCUUCCUCCCCAUUAAAAACAAAGAGCAGGGCUAGAGGGCCUUGUGACUCUCCCCGUUCGCAUGCUCAUGCUCGUACUGUCCCCUUACUUUGCCUACCACCUGAAGGAGAAACCGAAGACGGCAAUAGUCAAACUCUGCCCCAGCCAAGACGCGGAAAGUCCAUUGUUACUGAUGCUGAGCAUGACUUACCCAUGCCAGACUCCUCUGUGAAAUACGCCACACUAGGAGGACAUAGGGUUACACCCAGCAGCUCGUCCAGAGCCUCUGGUGAAACUCUUGACAUCAACAGUGUCAAUCGCAGUCAGUCAUUUGCUACAGCUCGGCCGCGCAGACGGACUCGUCCUCCAACUCCACCUAAACGUUCAUGCUCUUCCAUUUCCACUGGUAAUCUGGCUGAAGAGGCUGUAGCAGAUGAUGCAAGAUCUAGUGAUAAUAGCGCUUACAAUUUGCUACUCAAUGUGACAUACAGGGAGCGCAGACGUAGUGACUGUGGCAUUGCCUCUGAAAAAACUUCAUCUGGGGGCAGCGUAAGAGACAUUGCUGCCAUGCUUGAAAUGUCCAAUCUUGGAAGCAGUGGUAAAGGAAGUUGUUAUCUGCAGGCAAGCCAUAACCUCCUGCGGCAGAACCGUGAAGUUCUGAAUUCUGACGUAGAUAGUCGCCGCCGCACAAUCAGUGAAUUUUAUGACUCUCAUAAACAGCCUGAUGAUGAUGAACGAGAGGAAGAGAUGAACCGAGUCAUGCAGGACUCUGCACAUCAUAGACCAGCACCCCGUGAAACCCAACCAGUUAAACAGGCCCCUGAACCUCGUCCACGUUCCAUGAUCACUCAUUUGGAAUCAGAAGUUUCCUCUCUGCCACAAGAGGAGUGGUCACGAAUGGAUGCCACAGCAACUUUGAGAAGACCACGACCACCACAUCACUCAGAUGGUGAACAUUUUAACUGGUCAGACACAAAUACUAUAAAGCGAAGACCCAAAGCAUUGGCUCCACCACAGAGUAAUGGCACUGAUGGAAAUGGGACAGAGAACUUUCGGAGAAGGCCUGUAUCAGAAACUUGUGUUGGAGAUGGUGGUAGGGAGGAAGAACUGCAUCAUGAUGGCUUUGGCUCUCUUCCCAGACAAAUACUAAGACCCCCAGUUUCACCUAAACCAGGAAUGGGCCUUCGAAAUCCAGAUCCCCCAACUCCUACAAGGAGGGUUCCCUUACCUGGACCAGAAGGUCAACAUAGCCCAGUGGAGGUUAAGAAAGUCCCACCUCCAGUAUCUCCCAAGCCAAGUCCGCCUCCUACACUGCCCAAACCGGUAAAAAUAAAACCAAUCCAUACAAUAGGAACUCCUUGCUCUCCUCAAGCAGAUGUUCUCAGUCCAUCCAGUGCCUCCUUCACCCAAGCUCCAUCUGAGCAACUGGAGCAUCCACCACAGAUUUUGAGUCCAGUCACCCCAAAACCAAUGGAUGGGAGCAUGCUUUCCCCACGUGCAGCAACGUCUCCAGCUCAGAGCCCACAGACUCCUCAGACUCCUCAGACACCUCAAACCCCACAAACACCUUCUACACCAGGUUCAGGAUCAGCUCCAGUGAAGCCCCCGAGGUCUUCCAUGGCUGGUCUCUCAGUGGACAUCCCAAGCCCUCUGGAAGUAGAACUGCCUGGAGUGGAUGUGCAAAAGAAGCUAAGAGAAGUAGAGAAACAAAGAGAGGAAGAUGACGGCAGGAGGGAUGGAAGAGUAGAGGAAGUUGGAAUUGCAAGAAUGGAAAGGACAGGUCUGAUACAGGUGGAUCAAAUGUUUCAAGGUGAACAAAGCCUGAUUUCAGAUACAGGGGAGGGAGCAGGACCAGUGGUAAUGAGAAGGAGGAAGGUAGGUGUAGCCAGACAGACACAAGUAGAGGGUGAACCACAGGAUGGAGAAGAAAAGACAGAGGGGGAAAGCCAAGGGUUACUGAAGGUUGCUGAAACAGGAGGACCUGCAUUGGGAGACAUGGUACAACUCAGACUGGAGGAGACCAGUGCAUCCCUGGCUGCUGCUCUGGAAGUAGUGGAGGAGAAGAUUAAGAAGGAUGACAGCUCCAUUGUCGACAACAAGAGCACAGGCAACAUUCUCGAUGACAUUGGCAGCAUGUUUGAUGAUCUUGCGGAUCAGUUAGAGGCCAUGUUAGAUUAAAAGCCCAAAGGUAUACCAGAUUCCACAGGGAGUGUGACACACUUAAGCUUCUUGAAGUUUCUCAGUGAGGACAACCAGGAUGCCAUCUCACCAGGAUUGGAAAAUCAAUACGGCAAACAAAUCUUUUCCAUUCUGACAUGUUUAAAAAUCAAACUACAACUGAGCAUCUCUAUGAAAAAGUCUAAUUGUUGACUAAUGUUUUUCUCAAAUCCCUUUCAUUCUCCACCAGCCUUUCCUGUAGUGGCCAGAGUAGGUACUGCAAGUAUGUAUCCUGACCUGCUGUCAUGCUGCUUUCAGAUAUAAGCACAAAAUUAAGAGAGACUAUGUGACAAGCUUAUAUAUAUAUAUAUAUAUA